AUGGCGUCCUUCAACCGCCUUAGCUACUACUCGGCCAUGAGCGAGGACGACGCCGGGCUGGAGGAGGGCCGCGAGGAUGAGGGCGUCGACGAGGGCGCGUUCGACGAGCGCACCCCGCUGGACAGGACGAUCGAUCGCAUUGGGAUGGGAUGGUACCAGUGGACGCUGUUGUCGCUCUGUGGGUUCGGAUGGAUGGCGGAUAACAUGUGGAUCCAAGCGGUGGCAAUAGCCUUACCGCGCAUCCAGCGGCAUUUUGAAGUACGAGACAGUGUCAUCGGCACGUUAUCCUCGUCAAUGUUCGCGGGGAUGAUGUUCGGCGCAGUUGGGUGGGGAACGUGCUCUGACCUUAUGGGCCGCACUACGGCCUUCAACGCUACGUUGUUCCUCACUGCCUUCUUCGGAGUCUUUGCGUCCUUCGCGCCGACGUUCAUCUGGCUAUGUCUUGCCUUAUUCUUCCUAGGGAGUGCUGUCGGAGGUUCCAUGCCUACGGACGGAACUCUACUCCUAGAACACAUGCCGAACGGGAAAAAGUAUCUCGUCACCGCGCUCUCCGUCUUCUUUUCCUUUGGCUCCGUGCUUGCCGCGUUUGUCGGCCUCAUAGUCAUACCUAGCCACUCGUGUCUACCUGCACCCGCAGCCUGCGACGUGGACGCCCAAAAUCAAGGAUGGAAGUAUCUAUUCGCUACCCUUGGCGCCAUCACGAUGGCAAUGUUCGUCGCGCGGAUCGUGUUCUUCCGCUUACACGAGUCGCCGCGCUACCUCGUCCACGCAGGCCGCCCACAAGAGGCGCUCGAGUCCCUCCAGAUGAUCUCGCGGUUCAACGGGGACGAGCUGAAUCUCGACCUCGAGGACGUGCGCGACAGCGUCUACGCCCCCGUCAUCUCCGACGAACCCGCUAGCAUUAACCCUCAUGACACUUCCACUAAAUAUCCUCAACAAGAACCCCCAGCAGAUGCCCCGCAUGACCCAUCUACGCUAUCCAAAAGCUACGACGCGACGGGCGAGUCGAACGUCGCGCUCGAGGGGCACUACUACCACACCCCGCAAGUCUCACAAAUCUCCCAGACCUCGACGCCCGCGGGGUCCCUCCGCGGCCGCCCCGAGGCCCUACCACAGCCCCGCCCCGAAGCGGAGGCGGAGGACAAGCCCCCGCUCUCGCGCGAGCCGUCCGUCGCCGCGCCGCGCCCUGUCUCGGGGCUCUUCGCUGACGACGUGCUGGGGGCGGAGCACGCACGCCCGAGGCCGAGACCGAGGCUGAGUGGGCGGGGGAGCAGGCGGUUCUCUGCGACGUCGUCGGUGUACGAGCCGCGGCCGAAGAUAUACUGGAAGUUCCCGCGGUGGCUGCGGAAGCCGCUCUGGGCGUGGUUUGAUAGGAUCGCGAUGGUGCUCGCGCCGGAGUGGGCGCACACCACGCUGCUUGUGUGGGCGGCGUGGUUCGCGAUGUCGUUGGCGUACACGAUGUUCAAUGUGUAUUUGCCGAAGCUGCUGGAGGGACGUGGGGCCCCGCCAGAGGCGGAUAUGGGUGCUGCCUCGCCGAAAAGUUUGAAUGCGAGCUUGUGGGACGUGGUCAUAUACGCUCUUGGAGGGUGUCCGGGCGCUGUGCUAGGAGCAUAUCUGAUCGAAGGCCCGCUGGGACGUAGAUUGUCCUUGGCGGGGAGUACUUUUGUGACUGCAUUCUUCUGUGUGGUGUUCGCUAUUGUAGAGCAGUCGUGGGCCGUGCGAGCGAGUACGGUUGGGAUCAGUCUGAGUGCGACGGCCAUGUGGGCUGUCUUGUACGGCUGGACCCCGGAAAUCUUCGGCACAAAAGUCCGAGGCUCCGCUUGCGGCAUUGCCUCCGCACUUUCGCGAAUAGGCGGCAUGAUUGCACCUAUUGCUGGAGGACUGCUACUCGCGAUCAACCAGUCGGUACCCGUAUACGCGAGCGUCAUCGUCUUCGUCAUCGCUGGGUUCUGUGUCCUCCUGCUCAGGGAACAACCUCGGGAGCAAAGUGGAGGACGAGUGCUCAUGCAUUGA